UUGUGCCUCGUGCCGAUUUGCUUUUUUUUUUGUUAUAUCUGCAGAUUUCCCUCUAACAGAGAGUGAGGUUACCUUUCUUCGUUAUACUCAGCAAUGGAAGAAGAAAGUUGUGUUUGUGUUGAACAAGGCUGAUUUUUAUCAGAAUGUGCAAGAGCUAGAAUAAGCAAUUUCAUUCAUCAAAGAGAAUACACAAAAGUUGCUAAACACAGAAGAUGUGACGUUAUUUCCAGUGGCUGCACGAUCUGUUCUUGAAGAAAAGUUUUCCGCUACUUCUGGUGCCAGAAAAAAAUUAAGGGAACUAGUAGUCACUGAUUCAAACUGGAGAACCAGUAGCUUUUACCAGCUUGAAGACUUCUUGUAUAGUUUUUUAGAUGGAUCAAUUAGGAGAGGAAUGGAGAGAAUGAAGCUCAAACUUGGAACACCAAUUGAAAUUGCCGAGCGAAUACUUUAUGCUCGUGAGACUCUUAAUAGAAAAGACUGCGAGUCUGUAGAGCAGGACUUGACUUAUGCAAAUGAAAUUGUUAAUAGCAUGAAAGAGUAUGUAAUAAAGAUGGAAGGUGAAAGCAUCUUUUGGAGAAUACGAACUCUAUCAAUGAUUGAUGCUACGAAAUCACGGAUUCUGGAGAUCGUAGAAUCUACCUUACAGUUAUCAAAUCUUGAUAUUGCCGCCUCAGUUUUACUCAAGGGGGAAUCAUCCACCUCCUCACUACCAGCCACUUCAAGGGUUCAAAAUGAUAUAUUUGGUCCUGCACUUACUGAUGCAUGAAACUUGUUUGGAGACUAUGCAGCAUGGUUGCAGUCGAAUAAUGCACGUGAAGGAAAUCUAUACAAGGAAUCGUUUGAGAAAAGAUGGCCAUCUGUUACCUUCUCAGACAAACAUUAUGCCUUGGAGACCUAUGAACUGCUG